CUUAGACCAGCUCGAGCUCGGGUUCUCCAUUUUUGCAACCACACGGGUUCCUCCCCACAGUGAUUCUUCUUCUUCUUCCCCCACCAAAUAAAUAAAAUUGUCAUUUCUCGGAUCUAAAUCUAAUCUAGGUGGAGUCCAACCACUCACCCCACUUCCCAUAUAAUUGUUUUUUACCAAAAAAAGUAAAACCAAUUUGAUCAACCUAAACCCUUGUCUACACAAAAUCAAACCCAACCACUUCCCCUUUUGUUCAAGUGAAGGCCACUAGAAGGAGAGUGAGGGACCAUGGUGAAGAGAGAGAGAGAGACAAAAUUUUAGACUUGAUUAACCCAAAAUUGUUGAUACUUGUUGAUAAUAGUGUCUCAAUUUUUGAAAUCAAGUUAGUAGUCUAUUCUCUCUUUUACACCCUCCCACGUUAACAUUAAAAUAUACAAAAACCUGGUCGGUUACUUACAGUGUGUGUGUGUGUGUGUCUCUUACAACAACAAUUUUCACAAAACAAAACGUGUAGUAGCUAGCCACAGUUUUGCUCACCUACCUGUUUUUCUUCCUUCAAUUUUCUCUCUCAAUUCUCAAAGUCUCAACCCUGGUUCGGUUUAGUUGAUUUUCCUUCAAAAACUUGUUUCUCUUUUACUUGGUCUUCUCCAUUCUCUCUCUCUCUCUCAUUGUUGAAUCACCAUUAUACUUGUGGGUCCUCUAUAUCUUCCCCUUCACUUCUCAACAAUGUCGUGCUCUCAACCACCACCCUCUCUCUGAUGGGUUUGAAUUUCAACCUCUUUCUCUCUCUGUUGCCUCAUACUGCAAAUUGGGUUGCUUGAUUUUCUGUUUUCUGAUGAUGGCUCUCAAGGGUGUGUCUACAUGGGGUUGUUCUUCUUCCAAACCUCAUCCUCAAUUGGGUGUUGUGAGUUCUCAUUCUGGGCAUAUUGGAAAUAAUUUAAGGUAUGAUCUUCACAAAUGCUGCAAAUGGGAGUGUUGUUGUUUGGGUGUUUUAGCUCAACGAGCUAUUACUCCUGUUGAAGAUGAGAAGUCAAGUUCUUCCCCAUUGGUUGAGUCUCCUGGAGCUGCUGAUGAACCUUUACAGAAUGAAUCAAAGGGGUUUCACAAGGAUAUGAACCUGCUUCCUAAGCCACUAACGGCAAUUGAUAUUUCUUCUUCUCCAAGAGAUGGAUCAAAGGUGCGCGUGGCUUAUCAGGGACUUCCGGGAGCAUUCAGUGAGGAUGCAGCUUUGAAAGCAUAUCCAGAAUGUGAGACCGUGCCAUGCGAUGAUUUUGAAACUGCAUUUAAGGCAGUUGAAUUGUGGUUAGUGGAUAAAGCAGUUCUGCCCAUUGAAAAUUCUGUUGAUGGAAGCAUCCACCGCAAUUAUGAUUUACUUCUUCGACAUAGGCUGCACAUUGUUGGGGAGGUGCAGUUGCGUGUUAACCACUGCCUCUUAGGAUUGCCUGGGGUGAGAAAAGAGGAGCUCAAAAGUGUUGUGAGUCAUCCUCAGGCUCUUGCUCAAUGUGAGGUGAUGCUUAAUGACUUAGGUGCUGUCAGAAUUAGUGCACACGACACUGCUGCUGCAGCGCAGACAGUGGCCUCAAAUCGUGCAAGAGACACAGGAGCUAUUGCAAGUUUCCGAGCUGCAAAUAUAUAUGGCCUUGACAUUCUUGCAGAAAGAAUUCAGGAUGAUGAUGAGAACAUUACUCGUUUCUUGGUCCUUGCAAGGGAUCCUAUAAUUCCAGGAACUGACAAGCCCCAUAAGACUAGCAUUGUUUUCAGUCUAGAAGAAGGUCCAGGUGUACUAUUCAAAGCCUUGGCAGUGUUUUCUAUGAGGAAUAUUAAUUUAUCAAAGAUAGAGAGUCGCCCACAGAAGCAGCGCCCAUUAAGGGUUGUCGACGAUUCAAAUGAAGGGAGUGCCAAGUACUUUGACUACCUUUUCUACAUUGAUUUUGAAGCUUCUAUGGCAGAACCUCGUGCACAAUAUGCUUUAGGCCAGUUGCAGGAAUUUGCAAGAUUUCUUCGAGUUCUUGGUUGUUAUCCUGUGGAUACAGUUGUGUAGUUCAUUCAAUGCCUUAAGAAGGAGCCAAAGUCAAUGCUUUUCACUAUACUGAUAGCAGAAUCGGCUACUGCAAGAGAAAAGUGGGAGAAAGUACCCUUUAGAAGAGCACUGCCAUUUUCAUCUCCUUUGAAAUUCUUUUCACCUCCUAAGGAGGUGCUUUGUUUGGAGUAUCAUGAUAGUUUUAACAGUAGGGUGAAUUAUGGUACAGGCAUCAUUAUUUUGUUAUUUUUUUUUAUCUGCAGAUGGGAUAGGCAUUAUAGAUGAAAGUCUGUUAUUUUUCUUUUAACAGCAAACUCCAGGAAACUCUGUUCCACAACCCUCCUUUUAUUCAUUCAUUUAUAUUUAAUAGGAUUAAAUAUA